AUGUCAACAAUGACGAUGACAGCUUCAGGUGGAAUUCCUGGAGGAUUAGCCUCCCCAUCUAGCUCAUCACAAUCACAUGCCUCUCGUCGACUCACAAACAGGAUGACCAAUCGUUAUUCGGUGAACGCCAUGUACUCCUUGGCGGCGGAACAAGAUGUAGAAUUGGAAGAUGAAUUAGCUAGAGCGCAAAAGAGGUUAAGGGACUUGAAAUCUAGGAUAUCAUCUCAAUCAAAGAAGAACUUUGUGCUGGAACGUGAUGUACGAUAUCUAGAUUCAAGAAUAGCAUUGUUGAUCCAAAAUAGGAUGGCAGCGGAUGAGAAGAGGGAAGUAGCAGAGACAUUGGAAGAUAUAGAUGAGGAAAGUGGCUUAUGGCCUGAUGAAAGGAGAAUGGGUCAAUACGCCAAUCUGUUUUUCCUACUUCAAAGUGAACCAAGGCAUGUUGCAAGUUUAUGUAGACUAGUGAGCUUAUCGGAGAUAGACACUUUGCUACAAACGGUCAUGUUCACGCUAUAUGGAAAUCAAUAUGAGCAGAGGGAAGAACAUUUGCUUUUGACUAUGUUUCAGAGUGUGCUUUCCGCUCAAUUCGAAACAACAACAGAAUUCGGAUCUUUGUUAAGAGCAAAUACCCCCGUAUCAAGAAUGAUGACAACGUAUACGCGCAGAGGACCUGGUCAGAGUUACUUGAAAAGCGUUCUUGCAGAUAGGAUAAACAGUUUGAUAGAGCACAAAGAUUUGAACCUGGAAAUCAAUCCUUUGAAAGUAUAUGAGCAAAUGAUACAGCAGAUAGAAGAGGAUACAGGUACAUUACCACCUUCCCUACCUCGUGGUGUCCCACCAGAAGUAGCCGCUGCGAACGCAGAUGUUCAAGCUAUCAUCAUACCACGACUCACGAUGUUGUCGGAAAUCGCAAAUACAUUCUUGGCGACUAUAAUCGAAAGCAUGGAUACUGUGCCUUAUGGAAUCAGGUGGAUAUGUAAACAGAUCAGGAGCUUGACAAGGCGAAAAUACCCAGACGCAUCAGACGCUAGUAUUUGCUCCUUGAUUGGCGGUUUCUUCUUCCUUCGUUUCAUAAAUCCAGCCAUCGUAACUCCCCAAGCAUAUAUGUUGGUUGAUGGAGUACCUGCCAAGCACCCAAGGAGGACUUUGACUUUGAUCGCCAAAAUGCUUCAAAAUCUAGCUAACAAGCCUAGUUACGCUAAAGAACAAUACAUGAUGUCCUUGAAUCCAUUUGUGGAAAACAAUAAAGUCAGGAUGAACCAAUUCUUGAACGCCUUAUGUGAGGUCGGGGAUUUCUACGAGUCUUUGGAGCUCGACCAAUAUAUGGCAUUAUCAAAGAAAGAUCUACAAAUCAAUAUUACUUUGAAUGAAUUGUACAACACUCAUUCUCUGUUGAUGCAGCAUAUGGACACACUGUCUCCCAAUGACAAACAACAUUUACGUAUCUUGCUUGACGACUUGGGGCCGGCACCCGGUCAAGUACCACGUAAAGAGAACCGAUCUAUCGAACUUCCUCUCUAUUCUCGUUGGGAAACUCCUAUACAAGACUUAUCCACGGCGUUAAUGUCAGAUAGCGUAACUCAAAAUGAUAUCAACUAUAUGGAGGCUAAAUCUAUCUUUGUCCAACUUCUUCGAUCAAUGCCUCAGCUAGCCGAUAAACGUCCUAUCGACCUCUCCGGCUUGGCGGAAAGAGCAGCAACGUCAAAAGAUCCCGUAUUAGUAAGGCGAGGGAUCAAAGUACAGGCUCUACUAUCUGAAUUAGAAGGGGCAGGGGUAGUUGACGCUGAUGAUCAUUUCAAGAUUAUUCAAGAUGAAGUAGCAGCUGAAAUGGUUCAUCUGGGAAACGCAAAAGAGAAGGUAGUCCUCGAAACAAGAUCGCUUGAAGCUGUUUAUAAGACUAUAUGUGAUCAUAACAAUUACUUAAGAAGUCAAUUGGAACAAUAUAAAGCUUAUCUCCAAAAUGUCAGAUUGACAAGUUCGAAAGAGAAAGGCGCGGGUGGUGUAGGUGUAGUAACUGUCAAUGGGAAAGAAAAGAAACAAACAAAGAAUCAAGUCCUUGGUCCAUACAGAUUCACUCAUAGUCAAUUUGAGAAAGAAGGGAUUAUCAUGGAGAGUAACGUUCCGGAGAACCGCCGCGUGAACAUUUAUUUCAACAUCACAUCCCCAACACCGGGUACUUUUAUAAUUGCCCUCCAUUUCAAAGGAAGAGAGAAACCAAUUUUAGAAAUGGAUUUGAAGAUUGACGACUUACUGGAAAAACAAAAAGAUCAACAGGCGAUGUUGGAUCUGGAAUAUGUACAAUUGAACGUACCAAAAGUGUUGGCUCUGUUUAACAAGUUGUUCUCCAAAAGAAGAUGA